AUGUUCAGCUCCGCACUGCUAUGCUGCCUGGUCAUGAUGGCUGGGGUUGAAGUCUGCCAAACACAUGGCACCCAGUCUGGGCACAACAACUGCACUAACUUUCUGACUAAUCUGAACAACAUGCUCAGGGAGCUCCACACGGCCUUCGGCAAGGUGAAGGAAUUCUUUCAAACAAGGGACAAAGUGAAAAGCUUGCUGCUGAAUGAGUCGCUACGGGAAGAUAUUAGGGGUUACCUGGGUUGCCACGUUUUGUUAGAGAUGAUCCAUUUUUAUCUAAAGGAGGUAAUGCCCACAGCUGAGAAGCAGGAUCCAGGCAUCAAGCAGCAUGUGAUCUCCUUGGGGGAGAAUUUGGAGAUCCUCAGGCACAAUCUGUACCAAUGUCAUCAUUUUCUGCCCUGUAAAAAUAAAAGCGACGCAGUUGAUCAGGUGAAGAAUGCCUUCAGAGAGCUCCGAGAUAAAGGAAUCUACAAAGCCAUGAGUGAAUUUGACAUCUUCAUCAACUACAUAAAAGAGUUCAUUAAUUUGAGAAGGCCACACUGA